AUGUCCCCCAGACCCCCCGCCUCCUUCCUCCGCCUCUACCCGAGCACCAAGACCAAGGAGGAGCUUCGUGCUGUACUUGCCGACGCCGGCUGCGGGUCUCCCAACCAAACCGAUAAGGAUGGCUUGAUCUCUCUCAUUCUCGACAACGCAGACGUCCCACUCCCGGCCUCCUGGGAUUACCGAGGCUCCCGUUACCACACCUUCUCCUUCUCCUCCCCGCCUCCACCUCCACCUACUUCCGAACAGUCCAUGGCGCAAUUGAACCAGACGAUAAUGGCAUUGUUCAUGAAGGUGGACCAACAACGGGAAUACAUCGACCAACGUUUCAGGGAGCCUAUUCCCGCCAUGCCAACUUCGUCUGUGCCCGUGCCGUCUUCGUCUGUGCCCGAGCCGUCUGUUGUUGUUCCUUCUCUUCCUUCUGCUCACUGCAACGGCCGGAGGUCCAAGUCAAGAGCAGCUGGAAAUCCCUUCCAUCAAGUGCCCGAGGGAAGUGAUGCGGAGGAUGCAGAAGCAAGAAAUAGAGCGAGUGUCAGGCGAGAGGAGCCCGAGUUUCGGGACGGUAUCCAAAUCACUUGCAGCGCAGAACAGACUGGUUCCUGGCAAGGAAGCUUCACUCUCAGACCACCAGCAUCAAGAAGUAAUUUCACGCGUCAGGAAUGGAUCGAGAAGGUGGAGGCGGAGGGAGGAACAUCGUGGCUCGAUGGAAGCCCGACCAGUAUGGAGUUCGAUGUGGAUAUGAGGCUGUUCCCCGUGGGCCAGGAAAGGCGGAGCAAUAUGAUUGCGCUCGUCCGUAGCGGGACAUACACUUGGCUACAUCUUUGA